CGUGUUUCUAUUCACACAUCUUAUUCUGUGCACUGAACUCGCACUGACUGAAUAAUCUGAUCAAUCUGAAUGAAUAAAGAACAUCAAAAUAUUGGGCAGUGCAGUGGUUUCCGAACGGACACAGCUGAAAAGUGAGUGAAGUGAAUCAACGUUGAAAUUAUUAUUUUCUUGUUAAACUCGAGCAUGUUGUGUUUUUACACGUGACUUUCAGUUAAAUAAAAUAUAUUUCAAAAUAGAACGAACAACUGAACUGAAUAAAUGUGAAAAAAAAGAGUAUUUGUAAGAAGUAAAGUAAAUUAACUAGACCACCACCAACAAUAUGUCUGGAAAGAAAUGCAAACAUUGUGGUUCUUCAGACAUCGAAGUAGACCCCGCGCGGGGUGAUGCGGUGUGCACCAACUGUGGUACCGUCCUUGAGGACAACAUCAUCGUCGCUGAGAUAGAGUUUGCGGAAAACGCACAUGGAGGUGCCUCUACCAUCGGUCAGUUCGUCUCAGCUGACACUAAAGGUGGUGCCACUGGAUUUGGAGGAGCAUUUAAUGCGGGUAUUGGCCAAGAAUCCAGAGAAGUGACUCUGAAGAAAGCGAGACAUGGAAUAACCGCCCUCUGCCAGCAGCUCCGGUUGAACCAGCAGUGCAUUGACAUAGCCUGUAACUUCUUCAAGAUGGCUCUGUCCAGACACUUGACUAAAGGUCGGCCGGCCAGCCAUAUUCAAGCAGCCUGUGUCUACAUCACAUGCCGAACAGAAGGCACUGCGCAUUUACUUAUUGAUAUAAGUGAUGCACUUGGGAUAUGCUGUUAUCAACUCGGCCGCACAUACUUCAGAUUGUCAAGAGCUCUGUGCAUCAACAUUCCUUCAAUGGACCCGUGCCUCUACAUCCUGCGGUUCGCGUCGCAGCUCCAGUUCGGGGAGCGCAAGCACGAGGUCAGCAUGACGGCGCUGCGGCUCGUGCAGCGCAUGAAGAGAGACUCCAUCCACUCGGGGCGGCGGCCCUCGGGUCUGUGCGGCGCCGCGCUGCUCAUAGCCGCCCGCCUCCACGACUUCUCCCGCACGCCCAACGACGUGGUCCGCAUCGUCAAGGUGCACGAGUCCACGCUGCGCAAGCGGCUCCUAGAGUUCGGUGACACUCCCUCAUCAGCGCUGACCCUUGACGAGUUCAUGACGGUGGACCUGGAGGAGGAGCAGGACCCGCCAGCGUUCAGGGCCGCCAGGAAACGGGAUAAGGAGCGGCUGCAGAAGCUAAUAGAAGAAGAGGAUGGCGAGAAGGAGCUAUCGGAGUUACAGAGAGAAAUAGACUUACAAUUAGAAAAAGACAACUCAAAAAGAAAGAGGGCCGCCAACCCGCCUCCUCCCCCUGUUAAUUUAGAUGCGAGUAUAGAGGAUGCGGAAGCGUCCAAGUUCGCCGCGGAGGACACUCUGAGCCUCAUCGGCGAGAUCGCCAAGCAGGCCGACCCGAGCCGCGACGCGCAGCUCAAGCAGGAGACCAUGGAGAAGGGACUCGCGCCAGACCUGCACGUAAUAGGACUGGGGCCUUCAGAAGACAAGUCUCAAGACAAGUUCGUGAAGCCGGAACCCAAGCUGCAGUUCAGCAAGGACCUUCACAAGGACGAGGAGCUGGUGCUGAGUGAAAGAGACGAAGACUACGUUAGCUCGCUGAUCAUGAGCGAGACGGAAGCUGCACUGAAGACUAAGAUGUGGAAUAGGAUUAAUGCGGGAUAUUUGAAGGAGCAGAAAAUAAAAGAAGAGAUACGCGCCCGCGAAAAAGAAGAAGGCAAAGACAAGACGAAGAAAGUGCGAGGUUCGUACAAGAAAAAGACGGCCAUGAACGCAGCCACCGCCGGGGAGGCCAUAGAGAAGAUGCUGGCAGAGAAGAGGAUUAGCAGCAAGAUUAAUUAUGACAUAUUGAGGAGUCUGGACCAGCCGGGGACGCCGGCGGGCAGCACGGCGCCGGCGACGCCGCAGCCAGCGGUGGUUGAAGAUUCAAAACCGGCAACGCCAUCGGAGCCGAUAGUCCUAACCUCGCCAGUGGCCCGCAAGCGCAAGAAGAAGAACCCGCCGCCCGCCCUGUCGCUGGCGAGCCCCGCGCCCUCCACCCCCGCGCCCGCCACCCCCGCGCCGGCCACCCCCGCCCCCGCGACGCCUGCUGGCGCACUUACUGACGCUGACGAGGAUUACGAAGAAGACCUGGUGGAGACGACGGCCGCUGAUGCCGAGGAGCUGUCUCUGGCCGCCAUGCUGCAGAACGGACCCGAGGACGACUACGACUACGAUUAUGAGGAGUACUAGUUUACUAUGUUAUGUGACAUGUAGAUAAUUUCGACUAUAUUGUAAGGGCGUAUGUAGAUAGAUGGUUUAACGGAGGGUCGCUGUGGUGUAAAUACAAAAACGAACUAACGAGAUUUGUCACGCAAGCUAUCGUUUAUUCCUUCGUUCGUUUUGUAUAGUGACCCCACUGGUUGGGCAGACAUGUGAGACUGGCAGAUUGACGCUGGUAGGAAGCUUUGCGCCCUGAGGACGUAGUCACCUAUAACAGGUUA